GAAAUGGCCAAGAUUGGCAGAUCCAGCAGCGUGAACGCAACACCGCACUUGGCAUGGGUCCCACCUUAUUGUCUUUGGUACUGUCUUCGCUUUGCCACAGGAACAUGUGUGCUCUGUAGUUUGAUACAAGCUGCUUCAUCAGGUGCUGAGUGAGGAUGAGUCGCUUCCUAAACGUCCUGCGGAGCUGGUUGGUCAUGGUGUCUGUCAUUGCGAUGGGAAACACUGUGCAGAGUUUCAGAGAUCACAGCUUCCUGUCAGAGAAACUCUACACAGGGACGCCAGAGUUUGUAAAUGGUCUCCAAGCUCGAACAUUUGGAAUCUGGACAUUGCUGUCAUCGAUUAUACGCUGUGCCUGUGCCAUUGACAUCCAGAACAGAACGCUAUAUCACAUCACCUUGUGGACAUUCGUGCUGGCCUUGGGACACUUCCUGUCUGAAGCCUUUAUCUACAAAACUGCACCUCUAACUAUUGGUGUUAUGGCACCUCUUAUUGUGGCAAGCUUUUCUAUCAUCGGCAUGCUCAUCGGGCUCCAGUGUUUUCCGGAGCCACAGGAGGAAGUCGGAGCACGACAGAAGAAGCGGAACUGAACCCCAGUGGUGCCCAACUCCUCUCAUCCGUCUAACCCGCCACCAGACACUUGUGGACCUGUCCUCGUUUGCUGUGUCCCGCCUUGAAGAACAGGAGAUCCAGGUGUAACUCGAUGCCAUACUGUGAAUGCCACUCUCUAUAGAUGAUACACACUAGACUGGAAUAUAUCUUAAUUUAUAUAGUUUUUUAAAUGCUAUUUUACAGCUGACAGUGCAUUUGGAAAAAUUGAGUAUGGCAGGGUAAUUGUCACUUUCUAAUCUUGUGCGGUCACAUUACAGUACACUGAUUGCUGUGCACUGGAUUAUAUCUCAGUCCCAAGUAUUUAAUACACAGGAUGUCAACUUUGUUAACUUUUAUAGUGUCUGGUCAGUGGUCCCAGAAAACCUUGUAAUUGGUUUCAUUUAAAAAAAAAAAAAAAAAAAAAAAAAAAGCUUUAGCUCAUGUUCAAUUUAUUAUGUGGAAACAAAAUGAAGUCUAAGAUGAGAUGUGGGGUAAAGCGUUUCUGACAUGAUAAUGGGGAAUGAAACCUCUCUUGUAUGUUUAAGCCAAUAAAAUGGAUUUUUAUUGUGAGCCCUUUU